AUGAAACUGGAUGGAUGUAUAGAGCCGACCACACAACGGAACCGAGGGAUCGUGGAAUCGUCAGUUGGAACGGAAAAACCUACUGCGCCGAUAUUCUUUCGCUGCCCGUGUAUCUAUACAUUUUUCUUCGCAUCCAAAGCGGCCGUUCUCAAAUUUGGCGUAGCAAAUGCCAUAUAUUCGCAUGAUAUUUAUUCGAAUUCGUUUUACUGUCCCGGUUAUCUAUCUAACCGAAGAAAUCCACAAGAGUUGAAACGUGCUACUUUGGCACGGGACCGCUCGCUCGCAACCAACGUUGGUCAUGGGCCAACGUGGCAGCUCCAGCGUGCAAUAGGCGCUCGGGGUCGGACGGUAUUUUAG